CUUAUAAAUUAACCCCUCUCUCUCCCCCUCUCAAUGCAUAUAUUAUAUAGUCCAAGCUUUUCUUUUCUUCCUUUUUUUUUCCUUGCCUGCUUCCUUCACAGCCUGUCAAGCUUGAAUUAUUAAGACCAUGAUUAUAUCUUUUUAGAAACAGGUUUGCUUUGUUGUUUCUCUAAGUAAACAGAGAGAGAGAGAGAGAGACUAAUUCUGGGCUGGCAAAGGUAGAUAGAUAUUAUUCUUGCUGGUGCCUACUGGGUUCUCUAUAUCCUAAUUCGUAUCUUCAAGUAUUGGACUCUGCUUAGGUUCCUCCGUCCAUGUUUUUGCCAAAAAACAUGAAUUAUGGAAGCUCAUGAGAAUGUUAGCUCAUCCUUCUUCUUCUUCUUCCUUCAGUUUUUGUUGUUAACCAGUAGUCAGGGUGGUGGCAUGAAUAAGAAGGAACAUGUUCAAUGAGCCUCAUCACAGAGAUCUGCGAUCCGGACAAUUUUCCUUGCAGGGAUGGGAACCAAACUUGAUUAUGCAAUCAAUCUUCUAGCACCUUCACCGAAUAGCACUAGCUUUAGUGUUCAUUGUGUGGAUGACCUGGAGGACUACUUGCAAACUAAGGGGCUGAGCAAUAAUUUCCAAAGUACUGGACGGGUGAACGAGCAUCACAGCUCUAUGAACGACAGAAUGCCCGAAAAGAACAACACAGAUUUCAUCAGAAAGACAAUGCAGAUCCAUGAAGAUAUCUUCAAACACCAGGUAAGGGAACUCCAUCGUCUGUACAGUGUUCAAAAGAUGUUGAUGGAAGAGCUGAAGAAGGAAAUUAAGCAGAAGAAAAGGUACUGGAGUCCCAUGACUGGUUCGGAUAUUGUCAGUUCCGAUCAGCUGAUCAUUAACCAGCAGCAUAAUUCCACAGCACAACAAACCAGCCAUGAGUACGACUUCAAAAUUCAAAGUCUGAGAGAUGAUCCAAGUCCAAGAGAAAGAAGCAGCAGUAGCUGCUCUGGUGAGACCAUGAGAAUAAUGGCAAGAGGGUUUGAUCUUGAAAGGCCUGCAGAGGAAGACAUGUCAUUAUCAACUGCUGUUAGUGCCAUUCAUCAGGAUCUUGCUCGAGCAAGGACUAGCUCUUCAUACAUACCUUUUACAGGAAAUAGAGUGAGCAACCAUGUCUGCUCCGACGAAGAGAGUGAAGUAGAACUUACACUAAGCAUAGGAGGCAGCAGCAAGAGCAAGAAAGCGACAGACCAUCAUCAGGAGCUACUCGACUCUCCUGCUCCAUCGUUUAAAUCUGAACGGGGAGAGGAGUGCAGCCGCAGUGCCCCUACAACGCCCAUGAGCAGCUAUAGUGCCACAUUUGAUCAAGAAAGAAAACACCCACAUUGGCUUUUCCAAAGUUUAAGCAUAAACAGGAGUACUUGAGAUUGCUGACUUUGAAUGUCUACACUUUUCUUCUUUUUCUUUUUUUUCUUUUUUAAAAAAAGGAAAAACUUUCAUGACUCAGAAUUGAUAAUUCUUACAACUUAGUUGCCGCAGCAAUCUAAUAAAUAUGGAUGAUUAUUGAGGUGUA